AUUGGACGUUGCACAUUGGCUGUAACAACUGUCACUGCUCGAACUACAUAACUUUAACAUAACAGUGGGAAACAGUGGCAGGAAGGAACAGAAUGUACCGUUCCUCCCACCUGCUAACAAGCAACCAUUAGCAGUCGCGGUGCCGCUGGUUACAUUCUGAACAACUGCGCUUUGAUACGCCAAUGCUAAGCUUAUUAAAUGACACAGGAAGACAUUGUGUUAAUGCGGAUGUUUAGAUAUUUAUUUUAGUUAUAUUUCUUUCGUUUUCACCCGUGCCACGAAGGAAACAUGUCGUGUGCAUGCACAUCUGCAGCAAGACUGCUUCUCAUAAAUUCUGCUCAUAAAGGACUGUCAGGGUCUAGGGUACAGCUGCUUGCCAAGCGCAGACCCAGCGCGCAUGAGGCCCGCCUGUCGCGCAGAGUCCCAGUGCGUUCUUUCUCCGAGACCUCGGUGUACUUUGCUUCGAAGGACAGCACGACAAAGACUGGUGCUGGGGACGGAGGAAAAAAAUCUGUAAGCGAUGGCAGCGGCAAGCGAUCUGGCUCUGGCACUACUGGUAAAGGGGGGAACCAGCUCCGCUGUCCUAAGUGCGGCGACCUGUGCACUCACGUGGAGACGUUUGUCUCCUCCACGCGCUUUGUGAAAUGUGAGAAGUGCCACCAUUUCUUUGUGGUGCUGUCUGAGGCGGACACCAAGAAGAGCCUGAAAGAUCCAGAGACGGCGGCGGAGGCGGUGAAACUGGCGUUCCAACAGAGGCCGCCCCCACCCCCUAAGAAGAUCUAUGCAUACCUGGAUAAGUAUGUUGUUGGGCAGAGCCAUGCCAAGAAGGUCCUGUCCGUGGCCGUGUACAAUCACUACAAGAGGAUCUACAACAACAUGCCCCCAGUAGCUCGGAAGGCCAGCGACACGGAGAAGCACAACUCCAUCACGCCGCGCGAGAUAGAGAUACGAAGACGCGAAGAUGAGUACAGAUUCACAAAGCUGUUGCAGAUCGCCGGCAUCAGUCCCCAUGGCAACGCGCUGGGGGCGUCGGUGCAGCAGCAGGGGGCGCAGGCGAGCAUGCUCGAGCAGAGGGGCGGCGACCUGUUAGACUCCGCCCCCACCGAGAUCCGGCUGGAGAAGAGCAACAUCGUCCUGCUGGGCCCCACAGGCUCAGGAAAGACCCUACUGGCUCAGACGUUGGCCAAGUGUCUGGACGUUCCUUUUGCCAUCUGCGACUGCACGACUCUCACACAGGCCGGCUACGUGGGCGAGGACAUCGAGUCCGUCAUCGCCAAACUCCUGCAGGACGCCAACUAUGUGGUGGAGAAGGCCCAGCAAGGCAUCGUGUUCCUAGACGAGGUGGACAAGAUUGGCAGCGUGCCAGGAAUCCACCAGCUCCGAGAUGUGGGCGGUGAGGGCGUUCAGCAGGGUUUACUGAAACUGCUAGAGGGAACUGUGGUCAGUGUGCCGGAGAAGAACUCCAGGAAGCUGAGGGGGGAGACUGUUCAGGUGGACACCACCAACAUCCUGUUUGUGGCCUCGGGGGCCUUCAACGGCCUGGACCGCAUCAUCAGCAGGAGGAAGAACGAGAAGUACCUGGGUUUCGGCACGCCCUCCAGCCUCGGUCAGGGUCGCCGGGCAGCGGCCGCUGCCGACCUGGCCAACAGCAGCGGGACGGAGACCAGCGGGGUGGAGCUGGAGAUGGAGGAGAAGGACCGCCUGAUCCGCGGGGUGGAGGCGCGCGACCUCAUCGACUUCGGCAUGAUCCCCGAGUUCGUGGGGCGCCUGCCCGUGGUGGUGCCCCUGCACAGCCUGGACGAGGAGACGCUCGUGCAGAUCCUCACCGUACCCCAGAACGCAGUGAUACCCCAGUACCAGGCCCUCUUCAGCAUGGACAAGUGUGAUCUGAAUGUGACUGCUGAUGCUCUGAGGGCCAUCGCCAGACUGGCUCUGGAGAGGAAGACCGGAGCACGAGGACUGCGCUCCAUCAUGGAGAAGCUGCUGCUGGACCCCAUGUUUGAAGUGCCUCAGUCUGACAUCAUGGCGGUGGAGCUGAACAAAGACGUCGUCCAGGGGAAGGCCCAGCCCACAUACAUCAGGAGUCCAGCAAAAGAUUCCACUGAAGAAGAGUACGACUCGGGUGUAGAGGACGAGAGCUGGCCUAGACUGGCUGAUGCAGCAAAGAACUAGAACUAACUAAUAACACACACACGCACACACACACACGCAAAUCCUGUUGUAAAGCAGAACACUUGGGUCUUGAAGACAUCAUCCCUCAUUGUACAUGUAAAUAGACUAUGGACUGUAUGUAUACUAUUAUCCCUUACAGAAGGGGAAAGACAUAACAGUAAUUAUGACUCAGAUUCCAUUGAGUUCCGCUGGAAUAAGCAUGACGUUUGCUGAGACGUUUGUACCAUAGAAAAACAAAGCGUAGAUAAUGACUUUGAAGUUCAGACUUGUAUGAUCAAGAGUAUUCCUAACUCUACCUCUGUUCAUAGAGGAGACUUAAUGUCUGCUGUAAAGAUGUAAAGACUUUUAUUUGUUGAGUGGGGGUGGGGGGGACGACAAGUAUUUUUAACACUUUUUUUUAACUUGCCUAUUACAGAUUACACAGGUUUGUAAGCAGUAAUGAGAUGUCAAUGGAACGAAAUGUGCAAUGCUCUUGUGCUUAGAUCACAUUCGAGUGCAUCUCUUCUGGCGAAAGGUCGAUGUUUAAAGACUUCAACUAAAGAGGUCAACAUGCCUUCGUAUUGGUCUGCCACUGAGACAGGGUUUGUGCAAGGACACUACUCCCGUAUUGACCUUUCUGUAGCUCUUAUUGUCUGUGUUAACGCUUUGGUGAGAAGAGGGAGGCAGGUAUAGUAGUAUCCAUUCUCAUGUCAAAUUCUGUCUGUUCAGCAUGUGUGGAGAGUAGCUCCUUUUGUGCCCAGUCUCCAGAACUCAUUGCAAUGGGCCGUGUCACAGUGUGUGAUGUCCCCGUAGCUCAUCUAAUGCAUAGCCAGUAGCAGAGCGGACCUGAAUCAGGGUCUCAUCCAGAAAUAUAGCUGUUGUCUGGAUUCUGUUUAGUUACCAUACCAUAGCUCCAACCCAGUAGGCUACUCCUCGUUCAAUGGGACUGUUAUGAAAUAGGAUACGUACAGUAGUUACAAAGUGAAGUCUGUAAAGGAAUCCGUUAUUUUUUUGGUCAGUGGUUCAGUGUAACCAGCGCUGCUUUUUUGUAACAGUAGAGAAAUUCUGCUUUUAUAAUGACCCAACAUCAACAGUAUAGACCUCCUACCACUCACACCUGUGCUGAAUACUAACUGUGUAUCUCAAGAUGUAAAUUGUUUAAAUAAAAAGUAAUACAAUAUG